CUGUCAUGCGCACAGCGUUCCUGUCAAGUUAUCCGUUGAUGUGGUAGAUAUCCUUGGAUAUAGUCUUUCAGUGAAGUGUUUCUCCAGAACCCCAGAAGUAACAUUGAAAGAGCGCAGUAUGUCUCUGAACAAAAAUGUAAUUAUUUUAGUUUCUCUAAUGUUACUGGCAUUAGGAGUUAUUGCAACAAUUCCAGCGAGACAUAUCUUAAAUGUGACACCCAACAGAGGUCUUUAUGACGAUGAUUCGAAAGUGACAGUACUGAAUACUACAAGUUUCAAGACCGCUGUCUUUCACACAAAUAACGCUUGGUUAGUUGAAUUUUACAGUAGCUGGUGUGGCUUUUGUCAGAGGUAUGCACCGACUUGGAAAGCAGUCGCUGCAAGCACAUACGGUUGGAAAGAUGUCCUUAUUUCUGCUGCUGUUGAUUGUGCAAAUGAAGACAACACACCAUUAUGCCGAGAAUAUGAAAUUAUGAAAUACCCAACUGUAAAGUUUUUUGGUGCUAACACUAAAGCAGGUGACAUGGGUACAGAAAUCGCAAAAGGAAAUUCAGCAGAUGAGUUAGUACAUAAUGCUAUUAACAUGCUAAAAAAGGAACAAGCUGAUGGAAGAGGUUUCAAUUGGCCUAACAUUACACCAUACAGGAGCACUGAUGUCCAGAACUUGUGGAAGAAUGCUCCAGAAAGUGUUCAAUAUAUUUUUCUUAUAUUUGAAGAAAGUGACUCAUACAUUGGAUCUGAAGUAAUUCUGGAUCUUCACUUUGUCAAAGGAAUACAAAUACGAAAUGUUUUGAACCAGAAUGAAGCACUUGCAAAGUUGUUAGGCAUUUCAUCAUAUCCUAGUAUGAUAGUUUUGGAAAGAAGCAGUACUCCAGAACAUCUUAGAGUUGUUGAUAAGACAAGAGAAGAAUUUCGAAAGGCUAUUGAAAUAUUCUUGAGAAAUAAAGGUAUUGAAUUUUCUGUAAAUGAACAAACCAGUUCAAAAGAAAAUAAGGACAGUGUUUUGAACUACGUUCAGAAUGUGAAAGAGAAUGGAAAAAGGCAGCCAUCACAUGAUGUAGUUUUUCAAGCUGAUUUAGAAUUAGCAGUUCAGUAUUCACUUAAACAUGAGAUACCAUUGAAAAACGUAAUUUCUGGUAAAAUGCUUGAUGCCCUUAGAAAUUAUCUAAGUGUUUUGGCUAAGUACUUCCCAACUGAAUCAGAGGGUAAAGCUUAUUUAAGAGCAUUGCAAGGUAAAGCAUUGGCCAAUGUUUCUCAGUUGAAAGGUAGUGAUUUUCUUGCUUAUGUUAAAAAGCUUGAGCAGGGUAUGAAAUACUCAUCCUUUAUCAGUAACAGAGAUUGGGUUGGUUGUAAGGGAAGUUCUCCUAUUUAUCGUGGCUACCCUUGUGGUCUUUGGACUUUAUUCCAUACUCUUACUGUCAACUCUGUCUUACAAAAUGGAACAGAUAAAAAUUUUAAAAGUCUGGAGGUACUCGAUGCUAUGUUAGGGUACAUUACACAUUUCUUUGGUUGCCAUGACUGUUCAUUGCAUUUUCAAGAAAUGGCAGCAGAAUCUAUGCAUUCUGAUGUGCUAAAACCAGAGGAUAGUAUAAUGUGGUUAUGGAAGGCUCACAACAAAGUAAACAAACGUUUGGCAGGAGAUACGACUGAAGAUCCAAAACAUCCGAAAAUACAGUUUCCUUCUAGAGAUAACUGUCCAGUUUGCAGACUUCGUGAUGGUAGUUGGGAUUAUAAUGAAAUUCUAAAAUACGUAAAAUUGGUGUACCGUAGAGAGAAUAUAAAAACCAUUCCUGUAGAAGACAGAAUUAAUCAACAUUCAGGUAGUAACAAUUUUGAAGUUUCAGAACUUCACAGUAAUAGUUUUUCGAGUCUAAAAAAUGCUGCUGCAAGUAAUCAACGUUUUGGGUGGAAUUUUAAUAUAUUCGAUGUGAGUCUUUGUGUUAUUCUGUAUCUUGUUUCAGCAUGUAUUCUGCUUCUAGUUUUCUUGAAGUUCAUUGUAAGAAAAAAGUAUAAGAAGAAGUACUACGUGCAUGACUUGCUUGGAAAAGUAUAAGAAACAAUGAUACAGCUGUAAACAAUCCAUUGUUCCUGAAACAGUAUUUCUUCUAUUUCAGUUGUCUAUCUCCUUUUUGAUAGAGAGAUAAUGUGUAAAAGGUUUUUUGAGUGGUGGGUAAUGCAGUCAUAACUGUUUCCUUUUAAUUUGUAAUUUAGUAACCAUAUGUUUUAUGGAAUAUUUGUACAUGAAAUGUUGAUAUUUUGGUUUUGUUAUUAUUAUUGUUUAUGGUUUUUUUUAAAGGCAACAGUGGUUAUCUAUGUGGAAAAGUACUUCUUUCGAACCAGAAUGUUUCUUUGAAUGACCCAAGUAGAUGAUUUUAAAAUGAAAUGUUUCAAUCACUCUCAUCUAGAGGAAUUCAACAAUAGUGAAAAUUCUUUUCUGUAAUGUUCCACCUUUUCAUAUAAAGGUAUACAUUUUCUCAUAAUCCAAAAAUAUAUAAUUAAGUAGAAUGUAGUACAGGGUUUUUGGGAUUUUUAUUGCCAUUUUGUUGCACUUUUAAUCCUUAUGUUGAUGAUUCAAUUGCCAGAAGGUAUUCCACCAGGUACAGAUUUUUUGUUUAAGAAUGCACACGCUGUACCACACAAUCCUCUCAUUGCUAGUUUUUAAUUUAGUCUCAUUGCCAUAUUUAUUUUUUCUGUCCAAGCAUACCCUGGUUUCUUUUACCAUACAGAAGACUGAAAUUAGUCCAAUUAGAAUUGGUACAUGUUGGGAUAGGUUAUAAUAUCACAAUAUUGAAUUUUCUGUGAGUGUACAAGGUAUUGAAGAGCAUCAGAAAGAUACAAUAAUGAUGACAGUGGAUCAGGUGCAAAUUCAGUUGAGAAAGAUUGUUAAAAUAGAAAGAGGCAGAAAGGCAUUAUUUGUACAGUAUUAUUGCCCUGUCUUCAUUAUAAUUCGGAGAGUACUUGAAAUUUUAUAUUUCCCUAUAUUUAAAAUUAAGGUAAGUGAUAUUCAAACAGAGCACAAGUGACCGCAUUUGUAGACAUAUAUUGUUCCAGUACUAAGACAGUUUUUUACUAGCCACACAUAGUAAAUAGAUGUAAUUUGCUAUCUCGUUAUCAACACAACAAAUACUGAAGUGAAACUACCCUCUCUUGCACAAGUAGAGGUAGAAUAAAUGUGUGUUAAAUUUAAUACACCAAAAGAAGUUUUAUAAACAGUUUUUGUGUUCAGUUAUUUAACAGAACUUGUAAAUUUAACUUUAUUUUUCUCAUACCACCCCUUUAACACCAUACAGCAUUCCCAAAUGGACAAUUUAUUUUAAUUACAUUUACUUUUAUCCACUCAGGACAUAUUCAGGUGUUCUCCCUGUGAUACACAAACUUCAACCUUACUUGCAGUCAUCAAAUAAAGAGGCAUUCUACAUUUUCUGAGAACAUUACAGGCUUGCCAAUCCCCUCUUACUAUGUCUAUUGUCCUCUGUGACCUACUGCCUACGUCACUGUCAGUCCACUGUGAGCCCAUAUAAAAAAGACAUAAAAAGGAAAAAAUGUUCCCUCAUUGAAAAUAAAUCUAAAUUGCUUAACAGCAUGCACUGUGAUUGAAUUUUUGCUGUAAAAAAGUUGUUGCAAUACCCACUUCACUCUCAAACAGGAGUCUUGCAGUAUAUAUUUCCUGUAUCUCCCAGUUGAUGUGAAAAUGACCAAUUUUUUGUUGACAGUUUGAAGUUGCAAUAAAAUUUGACUUUUGAAAAGCCUGACUAUCUUGCUGUGUCUUUAUUAUUCAUAACAUUUUUAUGCAAUAUAUCCUGAAGCAACAAAGAUUUGAAAAAUAUGGAAACUCGAUAAAUUAAAUUAUGCAUGUUACUACUCACAAAAUUCUCACACAAAUAGUAACAAAAUGUAGUGAAUGAAAUAAUAAGUGCGGUGUAUAGUAGCCCACAAUUUGUUAACAGUACUUUUGGCAUAUUUCAGAAAUCCAUUUAUAUUGCACUGUAAGUAAAAUUUCUUGAACAUUUAACACUUUUCUUGUUUAUUUAUGAGAAGUUAAUUACAAACACUAACUAGUGUCACAGUAUACUUAUUGCUUAAGGUAAUUGCCCAUAUUCAUUCAUGUAGAUUGUGCCUAUUCUGUCUGUUUAACUCAUUUGGUUUGUCUGCAGCCAUUUUAGGCAUAAGCAGAUCUUUUGAUAUGUGUGAAACUACUAUUUGCUGAUCUGCACUGGAGACUCCCUACAUUAAUUCUUUUCAGUCUCAGUCUAAAUAAACUGUGAUUAGAAUCUUAAAUUUACGUAAUUGUCUAAACAAAUCUUUUAAAAGUGUAUUUUCUUUCUCCAAAAAAUUCAUAAUUUAAGCUACUGUUUUGAUUUGGUUCUUUUCUUUCGCUAUUUGAGUUACUUUUAUGUCAGAUUGAAAAUGUCCUUCCAUGCUUUUAGUAGUGAUUGGCUUUUUAUCUCUGUUAAUAAUUACGAUAGGAAUUUCUGCUAAAUGCUACUGCCUCAACUAUGUUCCAGACUAUUGGAAUCCAAAUUUUCAUAAGAAUAUUUAAGCAAUUUUUUCUUUAGUGCGGAACUUAAAUUGAGAUUAUCAACAUUUCAUGUACAAUGACACUAUUAAUGAGUUGUCCUUGGAUAAUGUAUUAAUAUUACAUUAUUUACACACAAAUUUUAUUUGUCAAAUUAGAAAAGUAAAUAUCUUGUUUUUGCUUCUGAAAAAUAUGGCGUACGGUGUUAUUUAAUAUACUCCAAUAUGUUGUUGGAUCUUUUAAUAGAAUUUAAAAUUAAUUAAGCCCUUUGUACUUUAUGAUUAUUCAUAUCUUAUUAACUGUGAUACAUAACAGUGCCUUUUACAGGAACCUUUCUUUCCCAACUAUCAAACAUCACAAUUUGAAUUAAUAUUAAUUAUUUUAAGUACCAAAGAUGAACAACAAACAUUUUAUUAUGAGACUGAAGAAUUUCACAAUUGCAUAAGGUCACAUUUCUGUAAUGUGUACAUGUUCAAGAAAUGUUUGAUACAUUUAUUAAAUGACAAAGCUGGUAGACUGGAUAUCACAAAAAAUGUAACUUUUGUAUCAAAUAAUACGAAUUUUACAAUAUUUAUAGAAAAAGAGAACAUUUAGUGUUUGUAAGAAAGUGUGCAAUUUUAGUCACUACUUAAACAUUCAUUAAUUUUGUCUGAAAAUAAGAUUUAUGUGGAUUAAGAAAGGAAAUUAAAUUAAUACAUGUAAAAGCUGUGCAGUAAAUGAUGAGUUGCGUAAUGUUUACCAGCAAAAUAUAUUCUGUAACUUUCAAUUUAUAUGUUUGUGUAAUAUAAAAAUAAGAGAGAAGAAAAUGUUGAGGAAACUACAAGAAUUGUGAGUACAUUCAGAUAAAAGCAUGAAAACAAGAAAUGGUUACUGGCAAUGUAGAAUGUCUCAUGAUUGUAGCAUACAUUGCGUGCUCCAGUUGUAUCAACAUAAAGAGGGAAGUUAAUACAUCUCUUGUAACUGAAAUUAUUUUAAAGUUUGGGAAUGAAAUUCUAUCUUUCUAAUAGUUGGCCUGAGAUGAAUGAGACAAUGCUACUUUGCCCAAGGAGAAAUCUGUUUACAAUAAAUAGAAAAGAAACAAAACCUAUGCCUGAGAAAUCACAAAAUGGCAGAGGCUUAUAUGCCACUGUAUGUCCAUAUUCUUUGACAUGUUUUGCCAGAGCAUUCUUAUCCUUCUCUCCUUUUGCAUCUUUUAUUUGUCUCUUUCUGUUUGCACGCCUCAUUUGCAGUUUUUGAAUUUUCCCUUGCCCUUGUUCUGAAUGUUUCCUGCCGAUAGUAUAAAUGGCAAUUUUCUUGAUUAGUUUGUAGUGUUAAACAUUCUAUCACACAGUGCACACUUACAUGUUGUAGUCAUUGUUCCUGUUCUUUUUAUUUCUUUCGUGAUUUGUAACUGUAAAAAUGCAAAUCUAAACUGUCUUGUUAUUGUAAUGAGUGUAGUGCUUUUUGUAUUUCUUGAUCUCUGUUGUUAUUUUUGAGAGUGUUAUCAUUUUGCUAUCAACAAGUCUACAUUGCAUUUGGUGUGAUACUUGAAGUUUCUUCUGAAGAAUCUGUGAGUACACUGACAAAAGAAAGUAUUUUUAAAACAGAAAAUCAUGUUAAAACAUACAGUAUUAAUUCAAAAAAAUAGUGGUGUGUGUUAGAUAUGAAUUGAAUUAUAAAUAAUGAAUUGUAUCAAAUGAUGAUCUUGUGUGAAUGGUGUGCUUGGAAAAGAAAAUAGAAUGAGCUUGUAAAAACAUAAAAAGCUAUGAUGCUUAUUAGUAUUUGUACAUAUAUUUAAUCCUCUAGUAUUUAAAAUUUCUAGCCUAGCUCAUCAAAGGGUUUCAUCAUAUAGCUAGCAAGUUUUCAUUCUCUUUUGUGUGUGCCUGUUAACAACUCACUGCUUCUGCUGUUCAGCGAUUGGUGUCGGUUACUCCAAUAUUGUUUACAUUCUACGAGAACUUUACUUCCUACAUUAAAAAAGUGCUUUGAGUAGAAACAGAAUGUGUGGUUGGCACAAAUUCUGUUCUUAGCCAUAGAUUAUAGAAAUCUUAGGGGAAAUCACAUGUUUAACAGAUUACUACCUGAUUGUGUGGGUCUGCUCAGGUACUUAUUUAUCCUAAUCUUGUGUCUGUCAGGAAAUGGUAUGGAAUCCAUCUAUAGUACAAAGACAAAUGUCUUUUACUUACAUUAUCUUAUCUCCACAGUAUUUUGUUGUUUAGGAAUAGAAGUUAAAUUCAGAUUAACAGUGAACAAACUCCAUUUUACGAUACAACCUAUUGUAAAACAUGUUCUUUUCUCAGUGCAAUAUUGGACAUCUUCCCCUCAGGAAUAUAUUGUCAAUUUUGUUCAGAGUUACAAUGGACCAAGUCUCCAAUAGUGUUGUGUAAUGACACAUGUUCAUUGUGUAUCUUUAUGAUUUAAAUGUUUUGUAAAUAAACAGUGAACCUUUUGAGUUUCAGUAGUUUGAAGAAGUGGGGAAAGACAAAAGGCCAACAGUAUCUUGUAUCAGCAAACAUUUAAGAGAGAAUGUGAGAAACUUCGAGCAUGUAAUUCUGUUUCCAGACUCGUGCGCUGUUCAAAACCUACACAUACAUCUACAAGGAUACUCUGCAAAUCAUAUUUAAGUGCCUGGCAGAGGGUUCAUCGAACCUCCUUCACAAUUCUGUUAUUCCAAUCUCGAAUAGCACACGGAAAGAACGAACAGCUAUACCUUUCUGUACGAGCUCUGAUUUCCCUUAUUUUAUCAUGAUGAUCAUUUCGCCCUGUGUAGGUCGGUGUCAACAAAAUAUUUUUGCAUUCGAAGGAGAAAGUUGGUAAUUGGAAUUUCGUGAGAAGAUUCCGUUGCAAUGAAAAAUGCCUUUCUUUUAAUGAUGUCCAGCCCAAACCCUGUACCAUUUCCGUGACACUCUCUCCCAUAUUUCUUGAUAAUACAAAAUGUGCUGCCCUUCUUUGAAUGUUUCUGAUGUAGUCUGUCAGUCCUAUUUGGUAAGGACCCCACACCGUGCAGCAGUAUUCUAAAAGAGGAUGGACAAGUGUAGUGUAGGCAGUCUCCUUAGUAGAUCUAUUACAUUUUCCAAAUGUCCUGCCAAUAAAUCACAGUCUUUGGUUAGCCUUCCCCACAAUGGUAUAAAAGAUUAAUAUAGAAGACUAUCGUAAAAAUGGUCAGUAAGUUGUCAUAUUUUUCAUUGUUAAUGGGCAUUAUGAGUGUAAACUAACACUUUCGAUAUUACAGUAAGAGACUGCAUUUAUAAUCCAUUGAACAAGCAUACAAUUAACCAUCAUCUGUGAAUAACUCCAGGGAAGCUGACCGAUAACAUUGAAAACCACCGAUAUCUCAACACAUAACAGUUACUGUCAUUUUAGGGCCUUACCCAGUUCAUGCCUUGACAAUGACAAAUGACAGAGUUUACAACAUGGUGGGAGAAGGUUAACUUCUCCCUGGACAAUUGUUGAACAUUAUAGUCUGCAUAAUUGAAAGGAUACAAAGUCCUAAUAAAAAAGGCUAAGAAGUUCUAAUUAUUAUGUAUGCAACUGAUAUGUUGACAAAUGCAUUUUUUAAACCAUGAAUCCUUAAGACUAAGAAAUAUAAUUACUUUGUUCCAAAGUCUACAUCGUAAUACCAUCGUCACUUCUAUUUGAGUCUGUUUCUGAACAAUCUGAUUCUAAAUUUUUGAUGAUAGGUUCAAGGCUUAUAUCCAUAAUGACUUUCCUGUCAAAUUCUUCUUUCUGAAGCUUUUCAGCAUGCCACACAGACUGUGCCCACUCUGCAGGUGGGAUGUUGUCUGUUAGCUCAUUGUGUAAUGCCUCAUGCACAAGUGAUUCACUGUGUGUUAUCUUGAAUGUAUUGUUUUUUCUCCCACAUAACCUUAAAACACUUUGCCCAAAUUAAUUCCAUGGGGCUACAAUGACAGUGACACAUAGGUAAAUGCAAAACUGUGUGAUCCCAUUCACAUGCCAGGAAGUCAAGAUUGUACAUUCUGUCACGUGACUUGUGUAAAUUAACGAGUUGCAGGAGAUCGGUACGAGUUUGGUUUAUAUGGGACUUAAUAUUUUUAUUUUUAAGCUGAGGGAAAAGAAUCCGCUUUUGUGGUGUUUGUACUUGAUGUUUUCUCUGUAACAGUUGAAUUAUAACUGGGAAUGACCAACUUCAAAGCAAGGUACGACAAGAAUUGUGAAUCUUGUCGCAAAGCUGAUAGUAUUCAUUGCCGAAUGGUAAUCACUGGUGUUUUUCUUACAUGUAAAUAAAAGUUUAUUCUCAGAAAUAAAACCAGAAGAGGAGUCAGUAUGCAGAAUAAUCAUCUGAGAACCCAUCCCCAGGAGAACUUUAAAACCGCCAGUAACAUCACUCAUUUUCCAGCAGAUGUUCUUGGAAUGAUUCUAAUUGACCCAAGUUUCAUCAAGGUAAUACACUGUUGAACUACCUCCUUCUCUUGUAUUGUGAAUCUUUAUAUGGGAUGUGGUUCUUGUUGCACCUUGUGUCACUUCUGUGAACUAAAAACUCUCUUCUUAACAUAUCUGGAACCAACAUCUUUUAAAAUUCUUUACCUUGACAAAGCACUUACCAUUGAAGCCUGCAUAACUGUAACAUGUUUUUGUUAUGUGGGGCAUUCAUCAUUCAAUGGAGCACUUUAAAACAUCAUUGUUAAAACCACCCAUUUGUGUUACAGGUUCCUUGUGAUUUCGAUCCUUUCCAGGUGACAUGAAACCAACUGUUUCUACAGUCCCUACAGCUCUGACACUUUUGUUUACAAUUCUCUUUACAGUUCUCUUGCUGACACCACAUUGUUCUGGAGUCCGUCCUUGAGUUUUCCAAUGUUGACAGUAGGAGACCUGCUUUUAAAUUCAUGUUUGAAAAAGUUAUAAAUGCAGUAAAUAAUCCACCUCGCCAGCACUUCACAUUUAUUGCAAUCACCUGACUUUUCUUAAAAUCACACUUAAACAUUUAUAAGAUAUGCAUUUACAGCUGUACUGCUGCAAGAAAAAAAGGAAACAAAAAAACUGAUAGUAGAAUGAAUAAUUCGGUGUCGCGAAGUACGCCAACAGUGCAGCAUGUAGUAACUCUCUGCUAGCUGCUUGGACAGAGAAUGAAUAUUAUUGGCUGCUGGAGGCUAGUGGAGGUGGACACGCAGAAUGACUGAAAAUUGGUCCGUCUUCUUACAUGAUAUGGCAGGCAUAAAAUGAUUUACAGUAACCUUAGACACAGGUGUAAUAGUUACUUUUCUGGUUAAAAUCACAUCUGCUUCAGCACUUUCUGAAUGUUUUUACACAGACAAAUAAAUUGUUUUCAAACGUACUCCUCUGCUUUCAGCCUAGUCCUUGCAGUUUGUCAUUUGAUCAAAUUUUAUGAUAUUCCCAGUAAAUGCCACCUUUACAUUUUGAUUGUAUUUUUGUGAUUUACAUGAUCAAAGACCUUAAAAAGAUCUCAAAAUAUACCAAUUAGCAAUAUUUUUUAGUAGAAGGAUUCCAGUGAGAUAUUUGCAAAAGAGAAUAUAGCUCUAACUGUGGACAGAUCCUUCUGAAAUCAACACUGUCUUUUCAUGACAAUGUAAAAGCUGCUAAGAUGCUUCACUGUAUGGAGCUGUGAUACAGUGCCUGAACUGAAUCCAUUGCUCUCGUGAUCCAGGCUAUUCAAAGCUUUCCAACACUUUGUACAAUAUUUUCUUCUGUUGUUUGUUCCUAAAUUAUGUUUGAAACAGUUUUCAUAGUUACCUCUUGUAUCCUCAUGCGGGAUUACUUGAUGGAUGUAGCAAUCUACAUCACUUCCUCUCCUUGAGUAUUCCCACCCUCUCUCAAAGGUGAGAGAGAAAUUGUGGGCUAUUACAUGAUAAAAUGAUUUAAGAUUUUCCGUAAAACAAAAUAAUUUUUUUAAAAAAUGACAAAUACUGUCUUGUCAAUAAGCCUUUUUCAAAGGAUAUAGCUUUAGAAAAUGAAUCUCUCCACCAAAAUAAAUAACUUUCCUUAGUUGUUGGCAGUGACUUGAAAAAUCUACUGCAAUCAGUCCAUUCAUGUCUGAUGAUAAAAUUCAUUGGUCCUCUGCUAUUCAGACUGAGUUAGAUAACUUUUUCAGUCUCUUCACCCAUUUUUAUUCUUUCAUGUACUAUCCAAACCAUAUUACUAGAAAUAUUAAACUAUCUCAUUUUCCUACACGGUUGUUGGGUUCAGCUGUCUAUAGCACAAUUGAAAAUAAUCUAGUAUUUCUCAACAUAUACCACCAGCCAACGAAUGUUCUAUUCCUUGUUGUUUUCUUAUCUCUUUGUGUACUAAAUUGCAUCCUAUAUCUAACAACAUUUUGGCAAUAUGUGGUUUGUUCCCUUCUCAGCUCUGCUUUAACUAAUUUGAGGUACUCAUACUCAUUUUGUAGGAAUCUUAAGUUUUUGUUGGCAUCCUCAGUCUUUUUGUGGCCUUUCAUUCACAAGAUCUUAAAACAGUUUUCAAACAUUCUUCAUUAUCUCUUUCUUCCAUACCAGCUGGCAACAGGAACAUGAUUUUAUUACAUUUUAUACAUUCUAGAUUAUUUUUGUCAGUGAAAAUUAAAGUUUUAUGAGCGCAAAAAAUUUGAAUUUAUCAAAUCCUGGGUUUACUACUACUACUACUACUACUACUACUACUACUACUAAUAAUAAUAAUAAUAAUAAUAAUAAUAAUAAUAGAUUUUAUUGUCUUUAGGCCAUUACAGCAGUUGACAACAUCAAAUGAAGAUAACAAUUUACAAUACAGUGUGAUAAAGUAUUGACAACUGAAAUAUUUUAGCUUAUAUUACAAUAAAUGUACAGUGGGUCAUCUGUUGGAUUACUGCAUUUUAAGUUGAAGAACUCAUUGAUGCCAAGAACGGGUGGACAAUUAACCAUUCAUGCAAUCUUUCUUUGGAUGUACAUUCAGGAAGAUCCUGUAUAGCAUGUGGCAGCUUAUUAAAUA